AUGCGUUUCAAUAACAACCUCUUCUUGCUCGCCCCCUUCCUCGGCGUCGCAACCGCCCUCCGUCGAGGCUGCAAGCUCGACACUAGCAGCGGCGCCGCCGGCACCGGCAUUACCGGCUUUUACACCCUUACAGGAUCCGACACCUUACUAGAGAAGGAUCCGGGCAGUAAUAAUACCGGUAGGUAUUAUACGGUCUUCAAUGGCGACGAGUUGACACCUAUUGCGGAAGAUUUCUGCACUAGUGUCGGUAAUGUGCAGUACAUGAACUCCGACCUUAUCAAGAGCAACCCAAUUACCCCUGGCUAG